AUGGCUGGUUUACCCAUUAUGAAAUACCAGCGGCCUCCAUGGUAUAGAUUAGCCGGUUAUGAUUUACUACUUUGGGCAUUAUCCAUUGUAAUGGACUGUUUCUUUCGAGAAAUUCGUCCACGGGGCGCAUUCAAAAUCCCUCGAGAAGGUCCCGUUAUAUUCGUUGCUGCACCUCAUCAUAAUCAAUUUGUUGAUCCAAUUAUCCUACUGGGACAAAUCAAAAAGGAAGCUAAUCGAAGAAUAUCCUUUUUAAUCGCUGCUAAAUCGUACCAUAUGAAUUUUGUUGGACAUAUGGCUAAAUGUCAAUUGAGUAUUCCUGUUGUUAGACCUCAGGACAAUUUGACAAAAGGGUCAGGUAAGAUAUUUGUUGAUAAGAAUGAUCCUUGUCAUAUCUUGGGGAAAGGUACAAAAUUCACUGAGGAAUGUAUGGUAAGAGGUUUACUUGCAUUACCUCAGUCACUUGGUGCUAAUGAAAUUUUGGAAAUCAAAUCUGAUAAUGAAUUGUAUAUUAGAAAACCCUUCAAACAAACUGAUCAAAUCAAUGAGUUAUUGUCCAAUGGAACAUCAUUCAAAAAAGCUGAUAAGAUUGAUCAAAAACAGGUUUAUCAAAUGGUAUUUGAUCAUUUACUGGACAAUGGAAGUAUUGGUAUUUUCCCUGAAGGUGGAUCCCAUGAUCGUACCGAUUUAUUACCUUUGAAAGCUGGUGUUGCGGUAAUGGCUUUAGGUGCAAUGGAAAAUAACCCCAAUUGUAAUGUUAAAGUUGUUCCUUGUGGUAUGAAUUAUUUCCAUGCUCACAAGUUUAGAUCUAGAGCAGUUGUGGAAUUUGGUGAUCCAAUAAUCAUCCCCAAGGAAUUGGUUAAAAAAUAUGCCAAUCCAGAAACUACUGCUGAAGCAGUUAAGGAUUUAUUAGCAUUGAUUACAUCUGGUUUGAAAGCGGUUACGGUAACAUGUCAAGAUUAUGAGACCCUAAUGUUGGUUCAAGCAGGAAGGAGAUUAUAUGCAGGUAAUUUUGCUCAACAAUUGCCAUUACCGUUGAUUGUGGAAAUGAAUAGACGAUUGGUUAUUGGUUAUGAACAUUAUAAAGAUGAGCCAAAGGUACAAGAAGUGAAAAAAAGAGUCUUGGAAUACAAUGAUUUACUAAAGACUUUGCAUUUACCUGAUCAUCAUGUUGAAGAUUGUCAAGACGAAGGAUACAAGGCCAAGCUCUUGCCCAUUUUGGUAUACCGCGUCUUCAAGUUGAUCAUCUUAUUCAUUUUAGCAUUACCUGGAGCAACGCUUUUCUCUCCCGUGUUUCUAUCAUCGAAAAUAAUAUCACGUAAAAAGGCAAAAGAAGCAUUGGCAAAUUCAAUAGUCAAGAUUCAAGCAAAUGACGUUAUUGCCACUUGGAAAAUUUUGGUUGCCAUGGGUAUUGCGCCUAUUGUAUAUUCCUUCUAUGCAUCAAUUGGAACUUAUUACUGCUCCACUCAUGGUCUCUUGUCCUCAUUUGGUUUGUUUUGGCUUUGGAUCUUCUUGUACAUUUGUGGUGUGUUUGUCACUUACAGUGCAUUAUUAACUGGUGAACAAGGAAUGGAUUUAUUUAAAUCAAUUAGGCCAUUGUACCUUUCCAUCACUUCAGGGUCGGCUAUCAAGCGUUUGAAGAAAAUGAGACGUGAAUUGAGUGAAGAAAUCACUGAUGUGGUAAACACAUAUGGCCCGGAAUUAUUCCCCAAAGAUUUCAAUUUGCUUGAAUUGAAAAACUCGUUACGAAUUUCUGACGAUGUUGAAUAUGUUGAUUCUGAUGAGGAAGAAGAGAAAAAGACUCAAGAAAUGAGAAAUAGAAGGAAAUUGAGACGUAAAGCAGAACGCAAAUUACACGUUAAUGAAGUUGUUGACACUUCAAAAUCGGAUGAAGUUGGCACAGAAAUGAGCGAAUCGUUAUCUCAUUCAUCAUCAAUGUCUGAUGGUAUUUCAUUACUCAACACAGAAGCUAAUUCAUAUACAAACUUGCCCAUUUUCAGUGAUUACAGCUUACACAAGAAUGUCACUAAUAAAAACCUUGAUUUGGAUCCACAAUCGAAUCUUAAUUCGAGUGCUACGUUGUACGAUGAUCACAAACAACAUAUUGAUCUACAACAGCGUCAUACUUAUGUAUCUUCACCAUUACGUGGACGACCAAGUUUAUCUAAAAACCCAUCAGAAGAACAAUUUGAAUUGAAUUUUCCAAACAAGUCGUCAUUGAAAGAUAAGAUAUUUGAUAAAAUGAAACAAAAGAGAACACAACUGUAA